AUGAAACUAAAACUGAAAAAAUUACUUCUAAUAAUCUCCAAUGCCCUAAUCCCAGGCUUUGGACCUCUUUUUUAUGGUAUUUCAAAUAUCUCAAUUUUUGGAAUCAUAUCUGGUAUUGCAAUACUUUCUGCCUUUGCUUUUGUAAUGCUAAUUUCACUUAAUGGAGAAUUCUUCUCUUAUGAAACAUAUAAUAAUAUUUCCCUAGCCCUAUUUCACAAAUUUAAUGGACAUAAACUAGAAAGAACCCUUUGGACAAUAUUAUUCAUCAUUCUAAUUUUUACCCUUACAUUAUAUGGAUUAAUUGUAUACCUAUCCUACAAAAUUACGAUAAAUCUUAAUCAAAGCAUUGAAGCACAUGCUAAACAAAAUUCAAUCAACAACACCGAAUCAAAAUGCACCAAAUCUUGUCAAACUGAUACUUAA